ACGGUUACAAAAUUGUGGGCUUGCUCGUUAUAAGUGCUAAACAAUUUCCUGAUUUUGUUUCAGGCAAAUAUUAUUAGUUCUGUUAGUGUUAACCUGUUUUCUGUGCUCGUUGUGCUCGGUUUAUUUCUUCACGGGUGACCAGAGCAACCUACAGUUAUGAAUGCUAGUAACGGAAACAAUUCUAGCCAUGGUAAGCCGCUCAAAUGCAACCAAAAUGUUCAGGUCUAUCUUCGUCUCAGACCUACGAACGCACGCGAAAAGUUAAUCCGGUCUCAGGAAGUGGUCGAGGUGGUCUCAACUCGUGAAGUGCUGCUGAAACCAAUGACCCUCGAUACGAGGAACGCGAAGAAAUUUACCUUUGACAAGGCAUUUGACGUCAACUCCAAACAGCAUGAAGUGUACAAUGCGGUGGUGGCUCCGUACAUUGAGGAAGUGCUGGCCGGGUUUAACUGUACAGUGUUCGCCUACGGACAGACCGGAACCGGUAAAACUUUCACAAUGGUUGGCGAAGAACAGCCGGAACUGAGUGCGGGUUGGGAUGAUGAUACACAGACGGGAAUUAUUCCCCGGGCGUUGAACCAUCUGUUCGAUGAGUUGCGUAUGACAGAGCUGGAGUUUUCGAUGCGUAUCUCUUACCUGGAACUGUACAACGAAGAGCUCUGUGAUUUGCUGUCGACCGAUGAUACGGUGAAGAUUCGUAUCUACGACGAUGUUAACAAAAAGGGAUCCGUUAUUGUGCAAGGUUUGGAAGAAAUUCCUGUUCACAGUAAGGAUGACGUGUAUAAGUUGCUGGCCAAGGGUCAGGAACGGCGUCGAACAGCAUCGACACUGAUGAACGCUCAGUCGUCCCGAUCGCACACCAUUUUUUCGAUUAUUGUUCACAUCAAGGAAAACGGAAUAGAGGGGGAAGAGUUGCUGAAGAUUGGAAAACUAAAUCUCGUCGAUUUGGCUGGUAGCGAAAACAUCACCAAAGCCGGCAAUGAGAAAGGCAUUCGGACACGCGAAACCGUUAACAUAAAUCAGUCCCUUUUGACACUGGGUCGAGUGAUUACUGCGUUGGUCGAAAGAACGCCACAUGUGCCCUAUCGGGAGUCCAAACUGACCCGACUGCUGCAGGAGUCGUUGGGCGGAAGAACCAAAACGUCAAUCAUUGCCACUAUUUCACCGGGACAUCGUGAUUUCGAGGAAACUUUGAGUACACUGGAAUAUGCUCACCGGGCCAAGAACAUUCAAAAUAAACCCGAAGCCAAUCAGAAACUAUCGAAGAAAACGGUCAUCAAAGAGUACACGGAGGAAAUCGAUCGUCUGAAGCGGGAACUGAUGGCCACGCGAGAUAAGAACGGAAUAUAUCUACCGGAAGAGACCUACAAUGAGUUGCUGUUUAAAUCGGAAUCAACCACCAAGGAACUUAACGACAAGGUAGUGCUUAUAAAGCUUCUAAAGGAAGAUCUGGCCAAGAAGGAGGCAAUCUUCAAGGAGGUCAGUUUGAAUCUGUUUGAGAAGGACGAAAUGUUGCGAAAAACCGAAGGCGAUCUUUGUUUUACGAGACAUGAGCUGACCACCACCAAGAGACACUUGAACAAGACAAAACGACGAUAUGCCGAGAAAAAAGUCAUCCUGGAUCGGCACAUAAAAACGGAGGAAACGUUAACCGGUCAGGCAAAGGAACUGAUCGAGGUGGUGGAGACUGUUGAGAGUGACGCCAAGGGAUUGCAUGACACGAUCGAUAGGAGAAAAGAAACCGAUGUGAAAAAUCAAACUGUGUGUGAGCAGUUUGUAGAUCAGAUAAAAAAUCGGGUCCGGACCAUGCAGUCAAAUACAUGCAGUCUGACACAGAGUUGCUAUCAAAUCAGCAACACGGUUAUGGGCGAUUGGGAUAACUACCUUGCAAAGCAAGAAUCCUUACAGCAUGAUACUCAAGCUAAACUGACUGCGCUCGAGUCAUUUUCGCAAACAAUGCUUUCGGCCAGUUCCGGUAUGCUAACCAGUUUCCGAGCCGAUCAUUCCAACUGGAGUACCGAACAGUUACGAGCAGCUCAGGCCUUCACAGAAGACAUCGAAAGAGCAGUUGAAACUCUCCGUACAACGCUGGCAGCGAAUGUCCAAUCGUUAAAGGAAACACUAACCGAACGCGAGGAUGAACAGAAAAAAUUACUGGAAGCAACCCUACAAAUAUGCCGGGAAAAUGACCAACGAAAUCUGGCGUUUUGUAUGGCCCAGAAAAGGUGUCUGGUGGAAAUCGAUCAACUGGUGGAACAAUUUGGCGACAGUCAAGCGCAAAUCGAAGGGUUCGUCCAACGAUCGAAGUUAGCUUCCGAGAAGCGAAGGGAACAUCUGAAGCAGCUUCUGGAAGCGAUGGACACCGAAGAAGCGGAACUGGACCGAUUGAGCGUGGUUUGUCAGAAUGUUCACGAGCGCAAGGUUUCGGUGAGAACGAUGAUUGCAAACAACGAAGCCGCUGUCGACCUGAACAUUCACAUUCAACAAGAAGCACCGAAGCAAGUUGAAAGUAACAUCCGACAGCUGGAAACAUCGGGCCACGAGUUUAAAUCCGUUGUGGAAGCUCGGUUGCACAAUCAAAUAAUUCAACCGGCGGAAUCGACUGCCCAACAGCACAGAGAAAUCGUUGCCCAGCACAAUCAGCAUCUGACCAGCUUCGAAGAUUGUUCUCGCACACGGUGGGACCAGUUUACGUCCCAGUUCGAACAGAAUCGAUCGCAAUUUUGCACCGAUCAUGAAUCCCAAACGAGCGCUCUCCAGGAUCAAGUCCGUUCGGAAUAUGUCGCCCAAGCCGAGUUCCGCAACACAACGAUGUCACUGACGAAACAGUUGCAACGAAAUGUCACAUCACACCAGCACCAGACCGAUGCCAAUCUGGGCGAACUCAACGAACAGGUAGACCGGUUCCACCGGGAAGAGCUGACCCUGUACCAACCCACGGGACAAACACCGGUUCGCAAGACCAUCAGCUAUCCGAAGGAUUUGGCGAUGACAUCGCCCCAUGAUCGAAUAGUUCGUCGGUUUUGGCGCGAACGAGGUAUGGUGGAUCUCGACGUGUCCAACAUUAUCAAUGAGGAUAACGAAGAUGGCAGUAUACUGUGCCAGAGUUUGAACGCUGAUGAAGUUCGUAAUUCUACUCCGCUUGCCCUGCGACCGAACGUACUGGACGAGGAUCACAAACGAUUCCGGGAUUUGCAGAUUUCCAACAUCCUGUCAAAGAUCGGCAAUGACACCGAAUGUGACGACAAUAAGGAAAACAUGGACACUAUUGUGGAGAGCGCGUAACGAUCAAAACUUUCUUUUCUAGUAAAUCGAAAGCCUUUUUUACUAGUACUUCUACGAUAGUUGUAUGCCUUCUGUUGAUGAGUGGCACAAGCCAGGAAGAAAAAAUGUUUUUAAUGUCAAAAAAAAGUACUGCAAUGUUUAGCACAUAUAUGUUCAACAUUACUAUCCCAAAUCUCAGUGAAAUGUUUAACAUUGAUACCCGCUGUUUUAGCCUACGGCGAAAAUGCAAUUGAAGCUCCAUCAAAAUGUCAAUCGUACGCCACGAGACGCCGAGACGAGAACUAACGAUAUUUUCUUAAUUUUUAUUCUUAUGUUCUUUACCUGUUAUUAAACAGAUUGACCUUUUUUUAAAUUCAA